CCUGGGGGCCCCAGUUUGCAGCAGAGCAACAGCCGUGGAGGAACUGUGCAUUGGAGGCGGGAGGUGAGAGGAGGAACUGGUUGAAGCAGGCCGGCUGCCUCUCUUCACACCCACCUUCUCUCCCAGGAGAAGCAGGGAGGGAGGGAGCCACAGGCAGAUCAGCUGAGCUCCAGGGAAACCGAAUCCAAGGCCCAGGAGCCAUGGAAGGGGGAGACACGGUGGUGACGCAGCACGUCUGCCAGGAGGAGGACAUGUAUGACGGAGAGAUGCGAGAGGUGGAGGUGGCUGGGCACCCGGUGUUGCUCGUGAGGGACCAUCUGCAGUUCAGCGCUCUGGGGAGCAGGUGCACCCAUGCCGGAGCCCCCCUCUGCAAAGGCUACUUGGGACGGGGACGGAUCCGCUGCCCCUGGCACGGGGCUUGCUUCAGCCUCAAGACGGGGGACAUUGAGGAAUACCCCACCCUGGACUGCCUCACAUCCUUCAAGGUGACUGUGGAAGGUGGGCAUGUGUAUGUCACGGCCAAGAUUAAGGACCUGGAGAGCAGCCACAGGGUGAAGCCCAUGAGCAAACAGAACCCGCUCAACAGCCAGACAGCGCUGCUCCUGGGGGCAGGCCCCGCAGCCCUGACUUGCGCCGAGAUCCUUCGCCAAGAGGGCUUUACUGGCAGAAUCAUCAUGGUGACCCAGGAGAACCACCUGCCCUAUGACAAGACGAAGCUGAGCAAGGCAUUGGGUACCAAAGCAACAGACAUCUACCUGCGGUCUCAGAGCUUCCUGGAUGCUCACAACAUCGAAGUCUGGAUGGGGAGAGAGGUGGCGUCUCUGGAUCUGGAUGGCAAAAGGGCAGAGUUCAGUGACGGGACCUGGCAGACCUACGACCACCUGCUGAUUGCCACGGGCAGCAGCCCCAGGCGUCUUCAGUGCCCAGGCGCCAACCUCCAGAACGUCUGCGUCCUCCUCACCCCUGAAGAUUCCAGCCGGAUCCUGCGCUUGGCAACGGGCAAGAGGGUGGCGAUUGUGGGAGCGUCCUUCAUCGGCAUGGAAGUGGCGGCCAGCCUCGUGGGCAAAGCUGCUUGCAUCGAGGUGAUUGAGAGGGCAGAGUGCCCAUACCACGCAGCCCUGGGCUGCCAGGUGGGCCACGUGGCCAUGAAGAUGCUUCAGGUGCAGGGAGUGAAGUUCCACCUGAAGGCAGAGGUGACAGAGCUGCAAGGUGAAGGAGGAAAGGUCACGCAGGUCCUUCUGAGCAACGGGCAGGUGAUCCUCACAGACGUGGUGGUGGUGGGAAUAGGAGUCACCCCCAAUUCCAGCUUCCUUCAGGACAGCUCCAUUGUGCUGGACCGCAGAGGCGCCGUCGUUGUGGAUUUGUUCAUGCAGACCAACGCCCCCUCUGUCUUCGCUGCUGGGGACGUGGCCUCCUUCCCUGUGGCUCUGCUCGGAGGGAAGAACAUUGACAUCUGCCACUGGCAAAUCGCCCAAGCCCACGGCCGUGUGGCUGCCCUCAACAUGCUGCAGAGGCAGGAGAAGCUGCACACGGUCCCUUUCUUCUGGACCAAGCUGCAGGCCAAGAGCAUCCGCUACGCAGGCUGCGGGAUCGGCUACACCGAGACGGUGCUCAGGGGAGAUCUGAGCCAGGAGAAGUUCCUCAUCUUCUACAUCAGGGAUGGCAUUGUGACUGCAGUGGCCAGCCUGAACUUUGACCCCAUGGUGGCCAUGGUGGCCGAGGCCCUGUACUCGGGGAAGAUCAUCACCAAGGAUGAGGCAGAGGCGAUGAAUGAAGAAGCCCCACCAGAGAAGGCCUAACCUGUCUCCCCACCCGGUGCCAGGAUCGGGGCCAGGGUGAGGCCAUGAGGCUCCUACCCUGCUGAGAGAAAAGAGGCUGGAAUUGAUCCUAACAGGCACUGAAGCUUCUAAUUUUUGCCUAAAAUAAUUCCUAAAACUCACGUUAGCUUUAGGUUUCUCACAAACUUUUGAAAUUCCGAUCUAAGCUGUCCUCUCUGCUAGUGUUGAAGGCCAGGGAAAAGUGCCUGAGCUGAGCUGCCUCCAGGUGUCCCACCCUCCUUCCAAGCAGGACCCCCAUGCCAUUUGGGGGGGGGAGAAGGGGCUGCAGCAGCUCAGGGGUGGAGCAUCAGCAUCAUCUCCAAGGAGGUGCUCUGCUCAGACCCCUGCAGAACAGCUGCCAGCCUGUGCAGACAACACUAGAUUCUGUGGAGAGGAGGCAGCCGCCUAGUUGGUCUUGCAAAAUGUAAUAUUUUUUUCCAAUAUGAUUAAGGGCUUUGCCACUUUUGUUCUGAAUUAACUGUAGCAGUGUUCAUAAACAAAA